AGAAAAACGCCUGAUGGAGUGAUGGGGCAGAAACAGUAGAUGAAUAAAUGACAGAUUUGGCAAAGCACUGCCCUUUGUGAGCAUUCUGACAGGCAUAAAAGGCCUGGACCUCAUCAGUAAAGUUGCAGAGAGUCCACAGCGGGAGAAGAGAAGCCUUUAAAUCAUCGCUAUGAUCCGAUCUGCUUUAUUUGUCCUCUGUUUGCUGCUGCCAGUUUGUUCAGCUUCUCUGCCGCUCGUGAUCAGCACCUGGGACUUCGAGGAGGCCACUGCUGAAGCAUGGAAAGCUCUCCAGGAUGGUAAGUCAGCACUGGAUGCAGCACAGGAGGGAUGUGCUCGCUGUGAGGAGGAUCAGUGUCAUGGCAGCGUUGGGUUUGGGGGGAGUCCAGAUGAAAAAGGGGAAACCACGCUGGACGCCAUGAUCAUGAAUGGGAACACAAUGGAGGUGGGGGCAGUAGCAAAUCUACACAGAGUGAAAAAGGCUGUGGAUGUGGCUCGGGCGGUGAUGGACUACACUGACCACACCCUCUUAGUUGGAGAGUCAGCUUCCAUGUUUGCUCACGACAUGGGCUUCGACUCUGAACACUUGUCCAAUAACAGGUCGAGGGACAUUUUCUCCAAGUGGCUAAAUAAUAUGUGCCAGCCCAACUUCAGAAAGAAUGUUGUUCCAGAUGCUUCCACGUCAUGUGGACCGUAUAAGCCCAAAACUAAGCUGCAGCAGGGCCCAAGGCAAAAACGUGGACCAACUGACUUUCGCAUGCAUGAUACUAUCGGAAUUAUUGUGAUUGGAAAUGAUGGUCAGGUGGCUGCCGCAGCCUCAACCAAUGGAGCAACCCAUAAAGUGCCUGGGCGUGUGGGGGAUUGUGCAGUGCCUGGUGCGGGGGCAUAUGCAGAUAGCACAGCAGGUGGCGCUGCAGCAACCGGUCAAGGAGACAUUAUGAUGCGUUUCCUCCCCAGUUAUUUAGCUGUGGAGCUGAUGAGGAACGGGACUGACCCCUUUGCUGCCUGUCAGAAAGCCAUCGAUAAGAUAAGGGGGCAUCACCCAAAGUUCUCUGGGGCACUCAUCUGUGCCAACAAAGCUGGGAGAUAUGGUGCUGCUUGCAACCACAUUUCGAAGUUCUCCUAUAUGGUGUACAAUUCAACGACUCACAAACCUCUCCUGGAGACGGUGCCCUGCAGUUGAUCCCAGUCACACAAUACAACUGCAUCAGAGAAAAUAUGAUUAUGAGUAAUAAUUGGGUUAUGCCUAUGUAAAGCUGUUGGGUAAUCUACCACAUGUUUGAAAUAAAAAUUUUGAAAUGUAUGAAAUAAAAAA